GCUCCUGCCGGCGGGUCCCUGUCACUGCCCUGUGCCUUUCAGGUCCUGCAGUGUCUGCACUUGAGCAAACACGGGCACAGUGCCCUGUCGGUCAUGUCCAGGCAGCUGCCGAGCGAGAGCAGGGACGGGCUGUGCCUGGAGCUCAGAGGCCUCAUGGUGCUCAGCAAGGAGCCCUCACUGGUGAGAAGGCAGCAGUGGCUGAAGCUGCACUGGCAGCUUGGGGCUGGGCAACACAGUCCCUUGCACUUGCUUCGGAUUCGGCAGCUGAGGCAGCUGCUCCCAGCUCUCCUGCCUCCUGCUUCAGCUGCCCGAGUGCCUUGGCACAGGCCUCUGGCCUCUGAGCCCUGAGGCAGCUGGGUGGGGGUGCAGGGCCAGGGCCCUGUUGGUGCUGCAGCCCUCCAGGGCUUCACAGCACAGCCUUGUGUUGCACACAGAGCGGAGGAAUAUGCGGCCUGUAUCAACACCUGGUGGAGCAGCUGGCUGAUCCAGAUCGAGAGAUGGUUGGGAUGACCCUCUCUGUGCUCGCCCAUAUGCUCCAGGAGAAAGACCUCAAGAUACCCAGCGCCACUGCCCCAAAGCUGGCUGAGCCACUCCUGCCACACUUUGAGAAAGUAAGGCUCUGUGCCCACGGGCACUGGACACUGCCCGGAAACUUUGUGCCCUGGGCAGUUUUGGGCCUUUUCCCCCCUGAGCCUGGACUAGUCAGUGCUGAGCUCUUCUCCUUUCCUCCAGGACAACAGCCAUGUGCAGCUGCUCUCCAUCCAGCUCUUCUGCAAGGUGAUGGAGCUGGUAGUGGAAGAGGGGAAAAGGCUCUCACGAGAACUGUGAGCCAGAGCCUGCUCCCACUCUUCUUGCGCUGGCACGACGAGAACGGGCGCCUGGCGAAGGCCUCUGGCGAAACACUGCUUUAUGCGGCACGCCUCCUGAGGAGGAGGGAUCUCGAGGAGCUGCUGACCCAGGAGCGGCGCACGAAGGUCACCAAGUGCCUGCUAAGGCCGGCCUGGAAGCCCCAGCCGCAGCCUGGAGAAGGCCCCUGGCCCCGGAGCUCAGCGUGCAGGGCCGGCAGCUGUGGCCCUGCCCAGCGCCGCAGCCAGAGCAGCCACAGCCUGCGCCCCACACGGGGGCUGCUCCCUUCGCUGGGGCUGCACGAGCUCUGUGCUGCCAGGGCUUGCUGGAACACUCCUGAUGGGAAAGAAGGAGGAGCUGCAGGCCCUCAGUGAGAGCCCCGAGGGAAGACGAGAGCCCCUCCUUCAUGAGCCAGGUUAUCCAGGUGGCAUCUGACAGAAGAUCUGCCGAACUUCAUCUGCUGGCUCAGAAGAACCAGUGUCCUUCAGCGACCUUCCCAUUGAAGAUGGGACCAGCUGCAGAGCAGAGGGGACCCGCUGGAGCUCCAGGCACAGCUCUUGCUGGUCACAGCUGAGCCUGUGGCAAGCUCCAGGAGCUCCUGCCAUCUCCUCCCUGCUGGCAGCUCCCUCCCUCCAUUCCUCAGGCCCUGCCCAUCCCCUGUUUUGCCUCCCAGCUCACCUCUUCGCUUCGCCUUCCCUUCAUAAAGUUUGGUUUGUUCACUUUACCCACAUCUCUUCGGAGCCUGAGCGGCCCAAAAAUCUGAGCCAGGGACACCCAGGGCCGUGCUGUCGUUCUCUUCCGCGCUGCGCUCUGUGCACAGACAGUGAGCAGCAGCGACAGCUCAGGCUGCAAAAGUCCCUGUCCUGCAGGUCCCUUGCACAACACCGUGGGGUUAAAGGUCGUGCUGAGCACGCUGAAGGGGACAAGGAGCCUGGGUUUUAGAAGAGCCAGCUUGAGUAUUCUCUGAGCCCAGCCUUGAGGGAUUCCCUGGCAAGCAUCCACGGAGGGCAAAGGAGCUUGCAAUGCUGGAAGUGUUCACAAAGAGCUUCCUGAAAGCACAGCAAUGCUCCAUCCCCACACAGGGACGGGAAGAGGGCAGAACCAGAGGCCAUCGUAACUAGCAGUGAGCUCUGGGUGUGCUAAAAGCAAAUGAAGCAGCAGCAGCAGCAGUGGCAGAGUGGCUGAGACUCAGAGCACGACCGUGCCAGUGGACGGAGCGCUGUCAGGCAGAGCCUGCACGCUGG